GUGGACUCAUUGGAUUUGAGCCGGCAUGUUUUUAAAAAAUGUCGCUAGUUUAAUUGAAGAUUAAUCUACACAUAUUUUGUAUAUAAAUUACACCUUUUACUAAUAUACAACAGCCUAUUAACGUGGUAUGUUAGUCACUUGUUGCGUAGGGAUCUUAUUGUAAUAUAAUAAAUUAGGCAUUUUCGCAUUUUGUGUUAAGGUUAAAGUAAUAUAACUUUUAUCUUUUUAACACCUGAUUUCUAAAUGGAUUCGCCUGUAUCUGCAUUUGCUAUGUAUAAAAAUACUAAACAGUCUACACCAAAACAUGACAAGAAGAAAAAGAAAAGUAAAGUAAAUACCUCAAAUGUGCAGAAACCGCUAUCUCGUAUACUAAACCAUGAUGGGAAAAGUGUCGCACAAAAAAUAAAAAAGAAGCAAAAAAAGACAAACGAGACCAAAAAUAUAAUUAAGAAAAAAACGGACAAGAAGAAGAAGCUUAAAUCAAAUAAAAUCAUGGUAAAAAAAUAUGACGAUAGCAUAAAUCAUUCAGUUAAUAAUGAUACCAUUAAUGAAGAGGAGUACGAUAGUGAAGAAGUGCCAGCGCUCAUUCCAGUUCCCAUGCCAAAUAAUGUUUUAGGCGAUUCUUCACAUGAAGAUGAUGUCAACUCAUAUUCCAGUAUUGGUGAGCUGGAAAUGACUCCAGUCACAACAGACAGCUCUGCAGAAGCCUUGAAGGUCUUCAAGUGGAUGAUUGCCCCAUACAGCUAUAUUGACUUCUUUCGAUCUGUUUGGGAGAAAAAACCGUUACAUAUUGUUAGGAACAAACCCAAAUACUACAAUGACUUGAUUUCUACACCCCUUAUUGAUAAUAUGCUACGUACUGACAAUAUUCAGUAUACGAAAAAUUUAGAUAUCACUUCAUAUAAAAAUGGUAAACGAGAAACACAUAAUCCUGUAGGCAGAGCUCUCCCGCACAUUGUGUGGGAUUUCUAUCUGCACGGUUGCAGUAUUCGACUGCUUAACCCACAGACUUAUAUGCCAAAGCUGCAUUUACUGAAUGCUACCUUACAAGAACAUUUCACUUCUUUUGUUGGAGCGAAUGCUUACCUGACACCUCCAGAUAGCCAAGGCUUUGCACCACAUUAUGAUGAUAUUGAAGCAUUCAUACUACAAGCAGAAGGCAAAAAACAUUGGCGCAUAUACAAGCCUUUAAAAGAAAAUGAAUUGUUGCCCAGAGUGUCAUCAAGAAAUUUUUCAGAAACUGAAAUAGGUAAACCAAUCAUGGAAGUAACAUUACAAGCUGGAGACAUGUUGUAUUUUCCUCGAGGAUACAUUCACCAAGGAGUUACAAUUGAUGGAGAGCAUUCCCUACAUGUCACCAUUAGCAUGUAUCAGAAACAAUCAUGGGCUGAUUUGUUUGAGAAAAUGCUCCCAGCGGCAUUAGAAAUUGCCAUCAAUGAAGAGCCACUUUUCCGCCAAGGCCUGCCAUUUGAUAUACAUGACAACUUUGGUCUUGUACACUCGGACUCAACAACACCAAGGAGAGUAGAAAUGGAAGAGUUUAUGAAAAACCUCUUUCAUAAAAUAAAAACUUACCUACCUAUGGAUGGAGCUGUGGAUCAAAUGUGCAAAAAAUUCCAACAUGAUGCCUUACCCCCAGUGCUCAGUGACACAGAAAAAGCCUGCACAGUUUAUGGAGACACGGCUGUGAUGGUUGAAAAUGGAAAAGUCAUCAAUAGAGUUGAAAUGGGUCUUGAUACAAAAAUAAGAUUGUUACGUAAGAAUAUAUUAAGAUUAGUUUCUGAGGAGACCAUAAAAAUAUAUUUCUAUAAUGAAAACUCAUUAGAGUAUCAUGGAAAUGAAUUAUCAUUCAUGGAAAUUUCUGAGGAAUUCGCUCCUGCAAUUGAAACAUUGAUUACCGCAUACCCAGAGUAUGUUUUUAUAGAGAAUCUUGAUGUACCAAAUAACGAUGAUAAAAUGCAAAUUGCUGAUGCCUUAUGGUCAAGAGGAUUAAUAAUGACUGAAUAUCCUGUAGAUAUUGUAUCUGAUUAAAUAAUUUACAGUUUACAAUAGUUUCAAGCGACUAGAGAUUUCACAAAUAUUUGUGAUAUGCAUCUGUUUUUGGAUAUCUUAUUGAUAUUAUAAAUGCAAGUGAUUGGAUUGAUUAAUGAAAAUUUGUUAAAAGGAUCUUAAAAACAGCUCACAAUGAAAUUUACCGGGGAUGUAGAACAUAGUGUGAAAGAACACAUAGACUACUAAGUGUAUUUUUUUAAUUCUCCACGGACGGAGCCGGUGGCGACAUUAAUUGUAUUAUAAUGAUUGAACUUAUUUCACCAGUUUCUGUUUCCAUUUGAGAAACAAAUGACUGUGUGUAAAACUAAUCUAGUAAUAUAAGCUUGUAGUUUUUAUUGUGUGUAGAUUGUCUAUGUAUCUCUCCAAAAAACUUGUGUACUGCCUUUUGUAUUUUCGUAAUAUUGGACUGUAUGGAUUUAUCUUGUCGGUGACAGAAAUCUAGUUUACCAUUCAUUUUGACUUAUUUAAAUCAACUUUAGGCACAUAAAAAUUUCUGGGCAGCAUAAACCUUUAUAAUGUGAGAAAUAUAUUCUAUCAUUAUAUGUGUUAGGACUAAAAUAAAUGAUUAC